AUGAGUUUACCGGAUUUACCCGACGAUGUGCUAGCUAUCAUUCUUGGAAAAGUUGGUGAAUCGUCUUAUGAAGAUUACGCUGGAUGCAUGCUCUCGUGUAAAACCUUCCAAAGGCUCUCCAAAUAUCCUGAAGUUUUACAGAAGCUGGAUCUGACCAAGGCCUUCCCACCUCCAUGGGAGAGGAUUCCAAAUGCUUCCAACAUACUAUAUGAAUGUGCACAGUUUAGAAAUGUGCAUGCUAUAUUCUUGUGUGGUCUUAUAGAUUACUAUUUUGCUAAACCAAGAAUUACUGGAAUUAAUCACCUUAAAUCAGCGGCAGAUGCCGGACAUUGCGAAGCUAUGUAUCUUUAUGGUAUGGCUUUGAUUAAUGAAAAGCAGUUGGCAGAAGGCGCUAAAUAUAUCAAGAUGCUUUGGACAAAGAGAGGGUUUGAAGCUGUUUGGCAAUGCCUUGAAAAUUGCAGUCGAGUUGUCCAAGAGAUGAGUAUAAGGGAAUACCGUGGUUAUGAGAUGCUGGUCUCUCAAAUUGAGGUUGGUGAUGAGGGCGUUGUUGGACAGUUCGAAGAAGUAGGUGACGAGUGGUUAAUCUACAACGAAAUAUUAUGUUUCAUUGAUUAUAUAUGA